GUGCUUCUUUUGGUACCUGCUCUUCCUACCCAGCCCCCACUUCCCCACUCCCCCGCCCCAGCUCCACCCGUGAGGUUCAAAUGGAAACUCCCAUAUGUUAUAAACCAUGUCUGAUGGCUCAUAGGUGGAAACCCAACCCAAGUGAAACCACUCAGAGCCUACUCCUGGGAUUUGUGGGCAUCUAACUAGAACAGGGAAAAGUCCGUCUUUUCUGAUAAUAAAAUCCCCAAAGUCUUAACUUGGAAUCUGUCACUAGUUGUGUCCUCUGCAAUGUAGAAGAAUUGCUUUAUCAUAGGAGAGAGGGAAGGAAAGAGAAGCAGAGGUGAAAGGCACAGAGAGGUCAAUGGGCCCAACUCCUUGCAGGGCCAGCUUCAUGGGCAUGUGGCCCAUGCAGUCACUUAAAGGUCCCGUACUUGGUUUAUGUUCUUCUGUGGCCAUCUUGAAGCUCUUAAUCAUUUUCAAACAAAGGACACCGCAAAUUACAUAACUGGUCCUGAGGCGUUGGUUCCAAUUUUUCCUUAAACCCAGUGGGAUCCUCAUCCUUCCUAAGACUGAAUCAUUCAGCUCUUCUUUAGAUUAUGUGAGAUUCUUCAAACAAAUUAUCUUUUGUGCUAAACUUCUUAGAAGUAGAUUCUUUUACUUGCAGCCAAGAAACUGGACUACACUGUGGUCAAAGACACAGGAUGAGACCAAUAACACAAUUCUAGAGGCUCCCAGCCCCAUUGCAUUCCCAAAAGAUACAGUUCUGUCCUUGCCCCUCAGGUUUCUGAUUUUUUCAGAACUGCACCUGCAGGGCCUGGAUAUCUCCCCAGAGAGUCCAGAAAGGUCUUUGUGCUUUAGAAAGAACACAGGCUACAGUGGUUGGUAGCAUUUAGAGACUAACACUGGUUUUAGGCAUCUUGUAAUAUAAUUUAAGGUGGUAUCCUUAAUAUUGCAAAUUCAAUAGGUUUAUAUCCAAACUGUACCAUGCUCAUUUCUCUGAAUAACUGAAAAGCAAGCAAAUAAGUAAAAUAAAACAUGUUCCAAUAUCACAGUCUAAUUGGGAAAAGGGGUUUCAUUUGUGUAAUGCCCAUAAUCAGCUUUAAAACAUAUCCAUGGAUUAUCGUUUGUUUACAGAGGAAAGUAAAAUGGCCAGACCUAAUGAUGAGGUGAUCAGUGGCUUAGUUUUGCUAAUUCCAGCAUGGUUAUCUUUAGACUGAUAUUUUGGCUGAACCAUAGAACACAGAACUUGCCAACAUUUUUUAAAGUGAAGGAGUGUUUGCCUCUUUCAGUUUGAUUUAGUGGCCUGAGGUUUCCCCAAGUCCCUUUGAACUGUUUGCUCUUGAACCACAUUUGUUUCUUAUGCAUUUGGAGUGAUUGAUGUGCUCCUAAGGAAGAAGGAAUAGGAGGGAGCAUGUGAGAUUAGUCUUCAACAGAAAUAACAAAUCUAGUUGAAACAAAAGGAGAAAAGUGAGAUCAUCCAGAGGUUACUGUCACUCUCAACACACACAAAGGUUUCUUUGGGCAGACUGCAGACAUUCCCCCAAAGUAUUCUGCAGAAUAGCCGCCAGGCACCAACAACAAAGAUGUGACUUGGGCAUGAGAUGAUAGAUUCGAGGGAACAGAGUAACAGAAGUUGUGUUCUUGAGAACUGUGUCAUCUUGAAAAAUGUCCUGAAUUCAGCAUUGUUUAUAUUCCUCCGGAAUAUGUUAGUGCCUGUAGGUGAUCCAUGUGAGAAAUUCUGGUCUGGUCUCUUACAAACACUCUGAAUCCUAUGUCCUGAAAAAGUUACAGAAGGAUGUCAAGCCUGGCUUCCCCUCCCACGGAAUCAUGGAAAACAUACUAUAUCAAUGCCUUGAUGUGCCACCUUUUUUCGUCCUUACACUAGGUCUGUAAAGCAAGUAUACAGUGUCCUUGGUUGUAGUUCAGUCAUUCGGCAUAUAUUUACUAAGCACAUAUUGCCUGUGAAGCACUAUGCUUCUGGGAUACUGCAGCGAAUAAUACAGAUGUGACCCCUUCUCCUUCGACGCUUACUUUCUCAGAUAAAAAAAAGGGGGGAGAGGACAUUAAGUAGAUAAAAUAAUUGCCAGGGGAAUUGGGGUUAUCAUGGAAAGGUACAAGAGUCUGAGAGAAGGAUAAAGAGAAGGGGCAGCCCAGCUUUCCACCUCUGCCUCUCCCAGGCACCCCCAAGCUCCAUUCUCUCCUCCCUAUACCCCUGCCCAGACAGCACCCACCUCCCCUUCCGCCCCCUUUUCCCUCCUUCUUUCCCUCCUCUCUCCGCUCCCUCUCUGACCUGCCGCCCCUCCCUCCGCUCCCCUGCCGUUCUGCUCUACCAAGGCCCCCAGGAGCCCUCUACCCUCACCCCAUGGCCCAACCGUCCGGGCACGCGCCCCGCCCGAGCCCGCCGCCCCUGCGCCCUCCUCCCACCCUGUGAGCCGUGGCCGUUGCCAGAUGUCCACAAUGGGAAACGAGGCCAGUUACCCGGCGGAGAUGUGCGCCCACUUUGACAAUGAUGAAAUUAAAAGGCUGGGCAGGAGGUUUCGGAAGUUGGACUUGGACAAAUCAGGCUCUCUGAGCGUGGAGGAGUUCAUGUCCCUGCCGGAGCUGCGCCACAACCCGUUGGUGCGGCGAGUGAUCGACGUCUUCGACACCAACGACGAUGGAGAAGUGGACUUCAAGGAAUUCAUCCUGGGGACCUCUCAGUUCAGCGUCAAGGGCGACGAGGAGCAGAAGUUGAGGUUUGCGUUUAGCAUUUACGACAUGGAUAAAGAUGGCUACAUUUCCAACGGGGAGCUCUUCCAGGUGCUGAAGAUGAUGGUGGGCAACAACCUGCCGGACUGGCAGCUCCAGCAGCUGGUCGACAAAACCAUCCUCAUCCUGGACAAGGAUGGCGAUGGGAAGAUAUCCUUUGAGGAAUUCAGUGCUGUGGUCAGAGACCUGGAGAUCCACAAGAAGCUGGUCCUCAUCGUGUGAGCCUUUUUCUUACAAGCACCACCCAACAACUUUUGCUUUCUUCCCUACCUCUUUCAAGAUUUGCUCAAGAUGUCCAACUGUCUCUCUGACUUAGCUGGAAGUAUUUCUCUUUGUGAAGUCAUAUGUCCCAACAGGAGCUUCAUCACCAUCUCAGUGCUAUUAAUUCUUCUCUGAAUGACUCAGGGUACCCUAUGAGGGGAAGAGCAAGUCAAUUGAGCAUAGUGGGGAAAGAAAAGGAAAUGCCUUUUAUAAACAUCUUUGUUUUGAUCCAAAGACCAAACUAGAACUUUGAAAGUUCAAAAAUAAGAAAAUAUACAUUUUUGCUGUUAUUUCUCAUCAUUUUGUUUAUGGGAGGAAAUUUAUAAUUUGCAUGGGUGUUAGGUGAACUGUUUUCAUUUGCUUGUGUUCAGAUAUCUUGUCAGAUUGUUAACUUCCUAUUGUAGCAACAGGGACAAAUAUAUUUAUCUUUGCUGGGCAUCUUGUAAUCACUUUUCUUGGGGGACAAAAUCCUAUCUUUUCCUUCAGCGGAUUGCAGCCCCAUUCCCCACAAUGCAUCCAGAAAUCGCUGUGCAUGUUUGAGGGGUAGGAGUUCAUUUGGCCUCCUCCUGACUCAUUGCUCCAGCUCCUGAACAGAAACUAGCUUCAGGGCUCUUAUAGGAAAUGCUAAGCCUGGACUAAGUGCCCAGCUCAGUCAUCAUCCUCAUUGGCAGUGGGUUCCCAGGGUUGGCAGCCCACACCAGCAUUAAGUUCAAUGAAGGGGACCUCCAGCUAAAUAGGCCAAGGAAAGUGUUCUCCCAGAAAGUACUCUCACCUCGAACACUGGUCCCUACCGCUCAGGUGGAGAGAAUGGGACAUUUAGUUAGUUGUCCCACGGAGGAGAGGCAGUAAAGAUUCAGGCUGCAGUGGAAUCUCCCUAGGAUGCUGAAGUGGCAUUAUGUCUGUUGCUCAGAGAUGCAGAGACUGACAAUUGUGUCUCCACAGCAGAGGUGGAUGCUAGCUACACUAGCUAUGCUGAUUUUGAAAAUCAGAUCUGGGGCAUAGCAGAGAAGCUGAGAGCUCUCUCAUUCCAGGAAGCCUUUUCCCUAGUGGAACAUUCAGCGCAGAAGUCCUCACACCCUAAUAGAUUUCCACCACUGGGAGCCUGUGGUUCCGGGGGAGAUUCAGAAUGCAAGUGUCUCUUCCCACUCAUUUAUGUCAUGUUGGUAGCUUUAGAUCAGCUAUGGUGAGGAGAGAACAAAAGCUUUUAGUUGUUUUUGUUUUGUUUUGUUUUGUUUUGUUUUGGAGAAUCGGUUUGCCAGUAAAUACAUCACUGCCUGUACGCCAAAUGUUACCAGCUCCCUGAGGUCCCACAUACUAUUGUCAGUUCUCAGAGCACAAACUGUCCUCAGAAGAGCAGGGCUAGGACUUGUCCCAGCAUCUGUGGCUCCACACCAAUCCCCUUUCUCACAGAGAACCACUUCCCAUAUAAGAUGCUUAAGGCUCUCAAAACAGCGGAACAAAUGAAACAUACUCUCCCUACACUUGCUUAGCUAAGGGAUACCACUCAGGUAACUUUUUUCAGGACAUGGAAGAUCUAUUUCAAGGAGAUUUACUGCUAUUUUAUUUGGAAGAAGCUGGCAACUGGUCUUGACCAAAAAUAGAAAAAAAAAGGUCACAAAUUUAAUCACUUGCAGGGAACCUAUCUAUCAUGGCACCCUAUCAUAUACGUUUUUUUUUUAAUAGAUUACUUAGAAACCACAAAACUAGGAAUCCUUGCCCCUUCAAUUCCUGUUCAACCCUAAAAAUUGUGCUAACGCUCCCAACCCUGUGGUGAUCAGGGUUAUGCAAUGUUCAAAGAUUCAGACACACCUGGAUUCAGUUGCAACUAGAUUGUUAUCACACUGACUUCUUUUUAGCUGUGUAAGCAUGAAUAAUUUACUUAGCCUGUCUGUGUCUUUCCACCUAAUUAAAAAGAGGAUCCUUCCCAGGGUUAUGUUGAGGAUUCAAAAAGGCAUGCAACACAGCUGGAGUACAAUUCCAUUUCAUUCAACUAAUUCCCUUCCCUUCCCCCUUCCUCCCCUUCUACAAGAUCAAUAUGUAAAGGAGACAUGAGGCUCACUGGUUGCUUUUGAACACUUACUUAGUUCUUAGCUACACCCACUCUAAAAUUAACUGGACAUUUGUGUACAGCCCAUAUCCAAGCCUACAGAGAAAACAAUGGGAACAAUUUCAAGGUCCUCCCCACUCCUUCAUUUGCAGAGGGGACAACAGAAUUUCUGACUUGAGAGCUGGAGAAAUUUUAAAAGAAAAUCUCUCAUUCCAGCCCAACCUAUUUAACUUUUUGUGGAGGAAUUUUACAUGGAGAAAGUGAGCACAUGUCAUGCUAGCCAAGAGGACAUUAUUGUCAUUAAAGAGAGACAUUAUUUAUAUACCCUGCAAUGUGCACAUUAAAGUAUGGAAAUUUUAAAAUUAUGACUAAGGGUUUGAAACAUAUUGGAUUACAUGCUCACAUUUAACAAAGAGAGGAAAUGUAUUUCAGUUUCUGGAGUGGCUGGAAUUUACAAGCUAAUUGUCCAAUAAAUCUACUCAAGAUAAUUACCCAAGGCUUUGUGGCAAUGACCUUGAACUGAGAGCCUGUAUCCGGAUUUAGCACUGGAAAGAUCUAACUGGAAAUUUGGGUUAAAAGAAUCACAUUUAUUCCCAAAUCAGAAUACUUUGUUUUUCCUGUCAGUUAAUUGCCAGUUGCCAACAAAUCUAGUUCUAUACAGUUUCUUGGGAUGAUGAUAAUAAACAUUUAUUGAGCAA